UACACACUUUAGUUUACAAACUUGGCAAAUUUAAAUAAUUUACACUAAUUCAGGAAUGAUCGUUAAAAGGAAAAAUAUAUAAAAAAACUAAAAUUAGAAAUGCCAACUUUAUAAACGUAAAAGAAAGUUAAACUUUAAAAUAAAGCAACAAUGUUUAAACAAAGUAAUUGUAAUUGUCAAAACAUAAAUACUUUGAUGUUUGACCAAUACCAAAAAUAUAUGUUAAACUAAACAUUUGAGUUAAUUAUUUAUAUAAUAUAUGCUUAUUUAGGUACUCAUAAGAAUCUUAAAGUAUGCUGAAUACUUAUUUGAGAUUUAGUUCAGGUUUGGUAAAAAAUUUUUUGAAGAAAAACACUUUUAAACUUUAAAUAUAGAGUUUUGGAAACUUCAAAAUAUAGUUUAUUUUUGGAGAUGCUCUUAAACUUAGUCCAUUCGUAUAAUACUUUCUUUUACUUAUUUUUUUCUUUACACUUUCUUUUAAUUGAUUAGGUCACUCCAACAUUAGUACAAAAUAAGUAAAUACGAUUGUCAGUGUUAUGUAAAGCUUUUGGAAAAAUAUUACAUCAAAACCGAAGCUUUUGUAGCCUAAAAAACAAAAUUAGAUGUUGGGAAGAAUUUGAUCACCUACACCCGGAAAAUACUUGUGUUUGUUUGUAGUACUAUUAAAUUAAUUUAUAGACCAUUUCUAUUGAUUAUUUUAUCCUUGAAAUAUAGUUUAAUUAUCAUAUCUACAUGAAUUAAAAUAAAAGAAUGUUUGAUUGAUUAUUCCAAAUUUCUAAUUACCAACUGAUUGAUGUAGAUGAUAUGAUAUAAAAAAUACGAGUGAAAGAGAAACCAAAAACAAACUAACUAAUCAAGGAACACUCAAAAUAGAAAAAAAAUACCGAUAUUAUAAAUCUAGUUUCGUUUCAAAUAAAACAAAACCUAUUGAUUAUAUUUGCAUGUUGGUCUGUCCAUUCAUGCAUACAUUAGCAUAUGUAACAUUUCUUGUCAAGUUAAUUGAUUAAUCUUUAAUUAACCCCCACCAGAGAAAUAAUCAGCAGGUAAUUGAUUAAUCUCUAUAUAUUUCGUGGGGUGUUACAUGUUAUCAGUUAUGUUUCAAGACUCACUCGUGAACUGAGAGUCCUUGAGUUUGACUAUAUAUAAUAAUUAAUUAUACUCGUAACUAUCUAUUUCGAAUUUUUUUUUUGAAACCAUUUCAAAUUCAUUUAUUAGUUUAGUUUUUCUCUGAAGAUGGAUUUGUAGCAAACUUGAUGUUUUUAUUGAUGUUACUUUCAAUCAGACACCUAGCCAUAAUUAUUAAAAACAAUACCGAUAUUUUUUUAUCAUCAUUGAUUCCAGAAAUUAAGCAAAUAUGCCAAUAUAUGUGUGGCAAUAUAUGAACAAGCUGAUAAUUUACUUUUUUCAAAAAGGUUAAUAAUUUAGUAUCGUGCAUAUUUCUUUUAUCUGUUAAGUGUUCAGUUUUAACAUUCGUAUCCUCCUAUACUCGUGACCAAAAAAGGAAUUCGCCUACACAAUCAAACAUUCACCACCUUCUAAUGUUAUUUAUUUUUCAAAUAUUAUUUAUUUUCUUAUUCUGAAUGGUGACGGCACGUUAGUGAUAUAGGGAAACAUGAGAAUUUGAAUAGCAAAAGAAAUCAUGUUCAAUUUAACUGAAUAGUAAUAUUAUUAUUUAGUCAGAUAAAGUGGCAACAUUUUCCCUAAUAAUUUUAAAAAAUUUGCUGGUAGAUAAGUGGUAAUUUGGGAUACGAAAUAAAUACUUUUGUACUGAAUUCGAUUUUUCCUAUGAAUAAAGUUGCUGAAAUUUGACAGCUUGGACUUUGGCAAGCAAUUUAUAUAUUAAUCCAGUAACAGAUGAUUUAUCUUUGAAAUUAGUCUGAAGACAUUCUAAAUCAGAUUAGAUAGUUGAAUAUUCAACUCACUCUAUAACAUUAAAUGUGAUUCUUCCAAAAACUCACUUGAUAACCGAUAGGAUAAAAAAAUUAAAAAAGUGAACCUAGCAAGACAAAAAAAUAUCAAUCGCUAAACAAAUUGUGUUGCUAAUUGCCAAUAAAAUAACAGUUUUUCAUUACAAAUUUUGUCGAUUAAAAUCACCUCGGAACAGAAACUAUAUAUUUAGAUAGGAUAUUUAAUAUUUUUUGUUAAAUGAAUAUUCACUUAUUAUAUAGUUCGAUUAGCGGUGGAAUUCGUUUUGGCCGUAAAACCACCACUACUUCCAUCGCAAAAUUUAUGGACAAUUACAAAGAUAUGUUUUGCUAAAAAUCUGUUUUUAUGAAACACAUUGCCUACCAUGAAAAGAUUAAAUAAAAUAAUUAUGUAAAUCCCUUUAUGUUUCUUUUUAUUUUUUGACAAAGGGCUUCCCUUUAUGUUUCUUUACCGUUAAAAUAAACACAAACGCCGAGUUUUAACUAACACUUGAAUUUUAGGAAACAUGCGAUAAGAAACAUAUAUGUAUUUUCUCAUAUUAAAUUAUUCUAUGGAGUCAAAAUGGUUGAAAAUCUUCUUCUUUUUUUGCCAACUUGAUAAUCUUCUAUUUAAACACAAGUUGAAACCGUUCAUGUGUAUUCUUUGAGUUGCACUCCCUUCCACUUCUAUAUUAUUCAUUUCUCUCUCUUUCUCCUGCUCUGAUAAUAUAAAUAGUAUACACCAAAAAGCUUACACAGUUCCUCUCACAUAUCUACAUUGAUCAAGAUCAAUAAACCCUAAGAUUUAUAAAUCUCUUCCAUAUUACAUACAUAAUUAUGUCUAGCCGAAGGUCACGGUCAUCAAGACAAACCGGAGCUUCCAUGAUUAGCGAAGACCAAAUCAACGAUCUUGUCCUCCAGCUUCAUCGUCUUCUCCCCGAACUUGGUAACAACCACAGACGCUCUGGAAAGGUUUCAGCAUCGAAGGUAUUACAAGAGACAUGUACUUACAUAAGAAACUUGAACAAAGAAGUGGAUGAUCUUAGUGAAAGAUUAUCUCAACUUUUGGAAUCAACUGAUUCAGCUCAAGCUGCGCUCAUCCGAAGUUUGCUUAUGUAGUGCAAUGAAUCACAGAGUUCUUUUUUCUAUAAACUGUCUUUCUCAGUUGUAAUAAUCACCGUGUUAUUGUAUUUUUAAGUGAUGAUCAUUCUGGCCUUUGAGUUCUCUCGUCUAUAAUGUUUUUUUUUCUAUUUAGGGUUUUCUUUGUCAGUUGUUGAACGAACUACGAAGCAACUGGUUGGAUUUAUGUUCACAUUAUUUAAGGCAAACAAGUUUCUCAGAAUUGUCCUUUUCGUCAGACAUCAAGAAUAUGUAUAUAACAAGAGAAUAUAUAUAUAACAAGAGAAUAUAUAUAUUGUUAUAAAUCAUAUCGUGGAUGUCCAUAACCGGUCCGGUUUAUAACCGGCCCAAUGCUAGAAGAGAGAGAGUCUAUGAUUUGUACUCUUUCCAUAUUUGUAUUUUCUUUAUCUAGUCUUUCCAUUAUUCUAUGACGGUGUAAUUCCGAAUGCUUGAAUUGAAAUAGAAAUUGCUUGCUAGGUUAAAUGAUUUAUGCAUUCUCGUCUUGAUAAUGAUCCGGCUAGUAUUGAUAAUUUUCAUACAUUCUCGAAUGAACCCUAAUUGAUGCAUUGCUCGACUGUUUGAUUGCAAUUACAUAUUGAACUCUUAGAAAAUCGUUUGCUAAGAUUGAAAACGAAUGACCAUUGUAUUGAUUGCAUUGAAACCGUUUGCUAAGAUUGUAGCCGUGCGGCUUGUUUGCAUCAUGCAUGCAUAAUAGUACGAACUGAUAGCAUAUAGAAUCUGAAUGCUAAGAUUGAACAUGUAUGCAUCAUAUACGAAUGACCUAUUUGCAUCAUACCUAGAAUCCAGAUUGCUUAAGCAUAUUGAUUGCAUUCGCUUGAACACUUUUAAAUCUAAUUAUGAAACAUAUGAUUUCAGAUGUCGAAAAUCAACAACUUGGAUUUU